AUGAAGUGCUACAUUGUUGCUGCUUUCGCCGCCGCGGCCGCGGCCCUCCCCGAGGUUGCCAACCUGGCUGGUCGUCAAGACGGCUGCAAUGCUGACAACUGCCUCCGCGCCGUGCGGGCAACUCGAUUUGGAACUGCCACCAUGGACGUUCGCAUGUCAGAGUGCAGUUCGUUCCUCGCCGUGACCCAGAUUCCGGCCACCUCCACCGUCUACAUCACGGAGAGCAGCAUCCAGACCAUCACGGCCAACUCCACCAAGACCAUCUUCCAACGCCAGGCCGCCGAGACUCCCAUCUCCGCCACCAAGGCCAUCCCGGCCUAUGCUUCCGCCUGCGUCGACGAGAGCCGCUACAGCUCCGCUUGCUCCUGCUUCGGCGCCACGGCUGCCACGACCACCGCGCCGACCCCCAUCGUCACCUCGACCGUCACCUUCGUUUCCACCACCACCCUCGCUCCCUUCGUCAAUGUCACUCGCCCGGCUCUUGAGUGCAGCAACACCUGGAGCUGCGGCGACCGCGUCAUCCCUGUCUGCUCCAGCGAGAACGGUUGCGUCUGCUUCCAGACCGUCGAGGGCCGCAAGGUUUGCGCCCAGCCUAAUGACUGCAGCCCGUCCUGCAACACUACCAACGACUGCAGCAACGGCGAGGUCUGCAUCAAGCAGAGCUGCUGCUCCGGCGGUACCUGCAUGAAGGUCGACGUCUGCCUCAACCAGGUCUUGCCCAAGAUGAUGUUCAAGAGACGCAACGCCGUUUGGGUCAAGAAGGAGGCUCGCGGCAACCUGCACCACCUCAGCUUGGUUCCCCACGACGCUGAGAUUGAGAAGCUUGAGUAAUCUCUCCUUGCCAUAAGCAACAAUCGGGGAGAUUAAUUGGGUGGUCCGGGAGAUGUUUGGCACACCCUUGUACAUACAUGAGGAAACGAAAUACCCUUCAUAGACUUGCAAUCACCGAAAAUCUCUGUUUCCGCCCGCACUAGCGGCCUCGGGG